AUUUCUGAUUUCGACUCAGUUGCUUUUCGGCCGCGCCGCGGAGAGUUACGUGUUGUGGGUUUCGCGGGUUUCUUGGGCUGGUUGACAAGUGUAAUUUCACCUAUUGGGUUUUCGGCGGCAUUCGACAUGCACGCUGAAUCGCUACUGACCACCUCCCUCCUCCUGGUCGUUGUUUGCCUGCGACCGUCCUCGGCGGCUGUGAUCGGGCGUGCCGAGGAGGGGAAUAAGACAGCGUGGGAACUAACGGAAGCCCUGUAUGGCACUUCAGGGCUCCGGAGCUUCAAUGGCACCUGGAUAACAGACGAAGAGUUCUACUACACAGCCUCCGACAGAUCCAUCCACAAAUUCAAUGCAGCCACCAAGACGGACGUGAUCUUCCAAAACUCCUCGUUCCUGAACAACUAUGUGGGGGCCACCUUCUCACUCUCGCCCGAUAACACGAAGAUCCUGAUCCGGCACAACCUCACGGAGAAGUUCCGACACUCCUACAUAGCUCAGUACGAUGUCUUUGAUAUCGAGAGCAACACGACCGUCCAGAUCCACAAGGGCGAGAAGCUGCAGUACUGCGGAUGGUCGCCGCUGCGGGACCGACUGGCCUACGUCUACCUGAACAAUGUGUACAUCCACUUCAGCGAGGAGGAUGAGAUCAGCAUCACGGACGACGGCGUGGACGGAGUGGUGUACAACGGGGUGCCCGACUGGGUCUACGAAGAGGAGGUCCUGAGCAGUGGAAGCGCCCUGUGGUGGUCGGCGGACGGAACCAAGCUGGCGGUGGGCUUCUUCGACGACACCGAUGUGGAGACCUUCAACUACUUCCUGUACGGCGACGGGCAUACCGAGUUCUAUCAGUAUCCGCACGAGGAGCACCUCAAGUACCCCAAAUCGGGCUCCAAGAACCCGCUGGUGAGCCUGCGGGUUUACGACCUCACCGACAGCACUCCCACCAUGCAGCGCAUUGUGGCGCCAGUCGAGAUCGUGGGCAGCGAUCACAUCCUGCAGAACGUUGUCUGGUCGAAUGCGACGCACCUGCUCAUAACCUGGAUGAAUCGGCGCCAGAACCUCGCCUCGAUUCAGAGCUGCAGCCACGAGGGCGUGUGUGCGGAGGUGAAGAGGCUGGAGGAGCCCCGCGGCUGGGUGGACAUCAGCACGCCCAAGUGCCUCAGCACGGGCAAGAGCUGUAUCUUCGGCUACUACAUAGACAACUGGUACCAGGUGUGGAACCUAGACCUCGAGACGGGGCUCAACAGCUGGCAGUCGCGCGGUAACUUCACAGUCUUAAGCGUAUACGGCUAUGAUGAGGCCAGGGACAAGCUUUACUACCAGGCCACCCAGCCGGGAAAUCCCUCGGUGUACCAUGUGUUCAGCAAUGAUGAGUGCCUCAGCUGCGAUCAAAUCGAUGUAGACGGCGUAGCCUGUCGCUCGGCAUCGGCUACCUUCAGCAAGUCCUUCUCCUACUACACGCUCUCCUGCAACGGACCCAAUCCCAGUUAUACGAGGAUCUUCGAGGCCGGCACAAAAACGCUCCAGGUCGACUGGGAGCCCAAUACGGCGUACCGCAAGCAAAUAGAGCUGAAGUUGCGACCCAGCUACCGUUUCUUGAACGUAACCCUGGCCGAUGGUAGCAUUGGAGUGGCCAAGCUCGCCCUGCCGCCCAACUUCGAUGAGGCCAAGAAGUACCCGCUGAUCGUGGUGGUGUACCAGGGUCCCAACUCGGUGCGGGUGACAAACGGGUUCACCUUGGGCUACGAGGCCUUUGUCACGACUUCCCGGGAGACCAUCUACGCGUAUAUCGACGGCAGGGGAACGGGAAACAAGGGCAAGGAGCUGCUGUUCUCGGUGAACAAUGAUCUGGGCGAUCACGAGGUCGAGGACCAACUGUUCGUCACUCGUUGGAUGCAACAGAAUCUGGCCUUUGUGGAUGCUGAGCGUUGCGGCAUCUGGGGAUGGAGCUACGGGGGCUACAUGACGGCUAAGACCAUCGAGAAGGAUGACGAGCGGAUCUUUCAGUGCGGCGUUUCAGUGGCCCCAGUCACUUCCUGGCUGUACUACGACACCAUUUACACCGAGCGCUACAUGGGACUGCCCACCGAGGACGACAACUUGGCCAAAUACAACGAGAGCAGCGUUUUCCUGAACUUGGAGAACUUCAAAUCUCACGACUUCCUCUUGAUUCAUGGCUCCGGAGACGACAAUGUGCACUACCAGCACUCCCUGCUGCUGGCCAAGCUGCUGCAGCAAAAGGACAUUCAAUUCGAGGAGCAGACGUACACCGAUGAGAACCACGGAAUCGGAAAUGCACUGCCCCAUUUGUACCAUACCAUUGAUGCCUUCUGGAUCAACUGCCUUAGCCUAGAUGUCCAGGAAGACGCUGUGUAGUAGAGACAACUGGUGUCCUUCUAGUCAAAUAUAUGUAUUUGAAACGUUUUUACACUUUUGUAUUCAAAUUUUAUUAAAUGUUAAAUGUAUACAAAACGAAACAAGAACAUUUCUUAACGAGGCAGAAAAGCCUAGAAGGUAAUACAAAAAUAAAAAUAUUAUAUUGAAAA